GGUUUCCUGUCUCGCCAUCAUCAAUGUCUAUUCCUAUUUGCUAAUGGACAUCUGUUGCAUAUUAUAGUCCCACAUCUUCUGUGCUUGGCUUGUGAUUUAAGAGUCUGGGGUUUUAUUGGAUGCACUCUGGGAUUUUAGAGCUAUAAUAUCAUUUCAAUGUUUCUUUACUGAAUGAAAUAUUAUACAUUGUUCUGUCAUUCGCUGGUCCCCAAACACGUACGUUUUUCAGUAUUCUGUAUUCUGUUCCCCCCUUCCCUUCUGAUUUAGAUCAUGAAAUUGGAUAUAGAAGGCAUUGCAAGCUCCAGGGCGUUUAUUUUCCUUUCUGCAGAGGGCCUAGAUUUCGGCAGAAUGGAGCACUGCCUUAUGGGUAUCAAGGGAACAGUUCAUGGCAGCACAGAUGGAGAUAUCAUCCAUGCAAAUGUUGACAUUGAUCUCAUCAUCACAGAGGAACCUGAAAUUGGAAACACUGAAAAGCCAGUUGAGAUUUUUCAUAUCGUUGAGCAUUUCUUCCUUGGAAGGAGAUGGUUACACCUCUUUGGAAGGGAUAGGACUAUAAGACCAGGUUGACUUACUGGUGAACCUACUCGUGCAACAGCAACUUUGAUUCAGAUACACUUCCUACUUUAACACACCAGAAUUUCCUCUUACUGGAUGCACAGAGAAGAUUGAAAGUCUGAAAACUCCACCUAGUCAGAUC